AAUUGACAGCUCCAUUACUUAACGUCAGUUUGAAAUUGAGGUUAGAAUUAUGGCCACAACAAAAAUGCUUAAAAUUCAAAAUAUAAGCAACUACCAGAUUAUAAGAUUGCUGUCUUCGUCGAUUAAACCAGAAAUACAGUCGCACGUGACACUCCUAGACAACACAUACCUCAAAGAUGACUUCAGCAACGUUACAGACAAAAUAAUUUCGCAUUUGGGCCGCAAUAUUUACACCAAAGAACAUCACCCUUUAAGCCACGUCCGACAGCGAAUGGUCAAUUAUUUCUACAAACGUUUCGUCAACCGGCGUGGGAACCCAUUUUUUUCCGUGUAUGAUUCUCUAUCACCGAUAGUUUCCCUGGAUCAAAAUUUCGACAGUUUGCUCACCCCGAAAGACCACCCGUCACGAUCCAAAACCGAUUGUUAUUAUUUAAACAGAGACUACUUACUAAGGGCUCAUAUGACGGCGCACCAGUCAGAGUUGAUGAGAGCUGGGUUAAAUAAUUUUAUAAUGGUCGGAGAUGUAUAUAGAAGGGAUGAAAUUGACAGAACUCACUAUCCAGUAUUCCAUCAACUUGAUGCAGUUCGAUUGAAAACCCGGGAAGAAUUGUUUCCAAGAGAUGACACUCUGCAAAUAUUCGAAGUUGGCAAUAACACUCAAAGUACAGGAACUCAACAAAAGCAAGCAUGUCACACUUUGGAAGCCGUGAAGUUGAUGGAACAUGAGUUAAAAACGACGCUGGCGGGCUUGGCGAAACAAUUGUUUGGGGAAAAAAUUGAAUAUAGGUGGAUUGAUACAUAUUUUCCUUUCACUCAGCCUUCUUGGGAACUAGAAGUAUUUCACGAAAACAACUGGUUGGAGCUUUUGGGCUGUGGAAUCAUGAGGCAACCAAUUUUAACUAAUGCAGGAAUUGUGGAUAGAAUUGGAUGGGCUUUUGGGAUAGGUCUUGAAAGAGUUGCUAUGUGUUUAUACAAGAUUCCCGAUAUCCGGCUUUUCUGGUCUCAGGACACUGGAUUUUUGAAUCAGUUUAAAGUUAAAUGUGAUGAAAAUGUUACUUAUAAGUCUGUUAGUCAGUUUCCUCAGUGUGUUAAUGAUUUAAGUUUUUGGUUACCCCAAGAUAAGGAAUUCGCCAGUAACGAUUUUUACGAUUUAGCGAGAAACAUAGGAGGUGAUAUAAUAGAGCAGGUAGUUUUAGUAGAUGAAUUUACACACCCUAAAACAGGGAAAACUAGUCAUUGUUAUAGAAUUAUUUAUAGACACAUGGAGAGAACGUUAAUUCAAUCUGAAGUUAAUAUAAUUCACAAGGAAAUCGCAAAAGUUGCAGCCUCUGCUUUAGGUGUGCAAAUCCGAUAAUCUAUUAGUAGCUCCAAGUUUAAAUUUAGCGACCCCAUUGUACAUAAAAGUUGUAAGAAUGCUUUAUUUAAGUUUGAAAUUGUAAAAAGUGGUGUGUUUCAGUUGUUUUUAACGCUUAGCAAAGCGAAUAAAUUUUUUAAAGAAGAUAAGUU